AUGAGAGUUCUGAUAGUCGCCGCCGCCAUCCUUGCCUGCGCCGCAGCCGCGCCCUCUGGUGCGCUGCUGGCCGCACCGUACGCCCACGGGCUAGCCUACGGCCACGCUGCGCCUCUGGCCCUAGCUCACGCCGUGCCUACCAUCUCCUCUGGUGACAUCCAGGGCGCCGCCAUCGACGCGCACGUAGUAGCCAGUGAUCACACUCGCGCCGCUUUGGACGCCGGUCGCCAACUCCACGACCAGGCUGCCGAGGUCGCCGUCGAACAUUCAUGGCGCGCUGUUGACGCUGUCAACACCCACGCUGCGGCCGUUGAUGGCCAUGCCGCCGGUGUCGCCCCUAUUGUCGCCAAGCAGCUGGCUGGUCACGUUGCUCCCGUGAUCGCGCACGCUGCUCCUUUGGUUGCCCACUCCGCUUACGCUGCUCCGGUGGUGGCUCAUGCUGCCCCCGUGGUGGCUCAUGCUGCCCCCAUUUCGCACAGUAAUACCGUCGUUUCUCAGUCCCUCCACCAAACCCAUCCCGCCCCCGUCGUGCACACUUAUGGCGCUUACGCCCAUGGUCUUGGUCACUGGUAAACUGACAACGUCUAGGGAAAACUUAUAUUUAUAAUCAAAUGUCUUGACUGUAUAAAAUGAACAUAAAUAAACAAAGCAAUAGAAACGAGGAUGUGUGAAUAAAAAAAAUAAUUU